AUGCCUAACAUAAUCACCCGCAACUGUUCCUCGGUGGGACGCGAUGUACGAUUGCCAAAAUGUCCAAACUGUAAGAUAACCUACACACUCUACAACUGCGGAUGCUACGAUAUGUCUCACCCUACUUGGGGAACUGGCUGCAGCACAUGUGUUCAAUGGCGACCCAAGGACCUAAAACCAGAGCCAACUAGCAUACCAAGAAUCAUUGCCAAUGUAAGAAAGGCCACUUGUGGGAACGAGGAUUGUGUCAGAAUUUCCAAGCUUCCAACUUGCACAGAUAAACGCGGAUUGUGCACAACACGGUUUUGUAUCUACGCGUGUGGGGAGAUAAAGAUAGAAGAACAUUUUUCCCGGAAUUGCGAAUUGUGUCGGCCUAAGGGACACUUGUACCCCGCAACUCGACCAGUACGUCGUCCUGAUAUAUUCGCUUACCAGAGACGACCCAAGAUCGAGGGUGUCUGUAAGGAUUACGGCGAACAUGAAAGACAACGAAAAGAACGACAGGACGCGGCUGAGAUGGCCAGAAGAACCGCGAAGUAUGAAGACAGCAUGCGAUAUGAACGGGAUCGGGAAGCUGCAGGGAACCAGCAAUACGACCCAGUAUCGCAGAGAAAUGUAGAAGCGUAUGGUUUCCCCGCACCAACUUAUUCUGGACAGCAAUAUGCUCCACCGAGAUGGCCUGAUCCACAAGCUCCCGGUCCUAGUCACCCUUGGUAA